UCUAUGUAUCUACCUAUCUGCAAACGAGUUGACGAGAAUUUUAGUCACGUUUUAUUUUUCACUUCAUGGAACGUUAAAUAAAUUGUUAUUUAAAGUUGUGUUUCUAAGUAUAGAAGACGAAAACGAUCUGAACGAUCCUUCGGCACAGCUGAAAAUCCCAGUUUCUGUCACCGAAGUGUACACACAACUAGUUGUUUGAGAGGUACUGAUUACCAUCUAUCUGGAGAGCGGUUCCGGUACAUAAUAAAAAUGGGAAAAGACAAGAAAUUGGAGGCAGAGAGAUCUGCAAACGGCGACAGCGUGGACGACGAAACCAGAAAGAAGAAGAAAAGUAAGAAACAUAAGAAACAUAAACGCACUUCAGAAGAGUCUGGAGAAAAGUCACAUAAGAAGAAAAAGAAAUCCAAGAAAGAGAAAUACAAGAGUCCAAAGGAAGAGAGUGAGACGUCAUUGUCAGACGUCGAGGAGCUUAUAAAGAAAGGACGCCAUCAGCUGAAGAGACCAAACCUCAUAGUAACAACCAACACAAGAAAUGGGGAUUCUUCAGGCAAAGGUCUAUUUCAUGGCAAAUCCUACGUACGGAAGGUUGAAAAACAAGAGACCUUAGAAAUUUUAUCUUCUAACUCUGAGACUGAAAACUACCAAGAAGACUGCGCUAGUCCUGAGCUGAUGCUAAUAGAAGACGAUUUGAACCUUGAGGAUCUAAUGAAGCAAAAAGAAUUACUUCAAGCCCGUCUCAUUGCUUACUGCUCUGAAAAGAGUGAUGAUGAAGCUAAUAAAGAAGACAAAUUUAAUGAAGUCAUUUGUAUAAAUGAUGAUACACGAUCACCAAUCAUUAAGAAAUCAAGAAAAGACAAAGAUCAUGAACACAAAAGAAGCGGAAAGCACAAAUCCAGUAAAGAUCACUCGACAGAAAGAGAAAAACAUAAGACUAAAAGACAUGAGGAAGAUUUGCGUGAAAUUAUCAACAGAGAAAGUAAAAAGCAAAUGGAACGUCGAUUGGAGGAAAGAGAGGGUAGAGAAAGAAAAGAAAAAGAACGUCGAAAGAUAGAAGACAAAGAACGAGAAAGAAGGAGAGAGCGUGAGAGAGAAAGAGAAAUUAGGGAACGGGAGCGAGAACGGGAACGGGAAAAAGAGCGCCGAUCGAUGGAAGCUAGGCGAAGGGGAGAACGAGAGCUUUUGCGAAUAACACGACGGUCGCGAGAACGAUCGCCGCAAGGUACUCGAAGAGAUCAGAGGGCCGGGGACCGCGAGCGACGAUCUCGCGAGCGUGUGCUAGAUAGACGCGACAAAUUCUCACGAUCGGAUUUACGGGGCUUCAAGGGCAUCGUCGAUGAAGUAACUCAGAUUGUACCAAGUUCAAGCGAUGAGGAACUCAACAUAUCAAUUAACACUGACGAUGAUGAGGAAACUGAGGAGCAGAUCAUUGAAAGGCGGCGGAAACAAAGAGAACAAUUGAUGAAGCGGCUUGGUAGCGAAACUGCUGCUGGUAAAGCUGAAGAAGUUCCAAGAAAAUCCGUCUCACCGAAAGAUGCGAAAAAUAGCGGAAGAAAUGUUUCAGAAACUGUUACGGAAGUCCGAGUAUUGAAAGAAGCUGAAACCAAAGAUAAAAAAUCGGCUAAAGAAAGCAAGUCAGAUAAGGCUAACAAUGACUUAACUCGGAAUACGCAUGACACAAAAUCCGAUACUAAGUUAGACAAGUCCAUGAAGAGCGGAGAAUGGGAUAUGUUUGCCGAUCAAGAUAACUUUGAUAGUGUUGAUACACCAACUGCAGGAAAGCCGAAAAACAAAAGCACAGCAGAAAACCCUUCGUUGACGGACAAUUGGGACGACGCCGAAGGUUAUUACAGAGUACGUAUCGGUGAGAUGCUGGAUAACCGCUACACUGUGUAUGGGUACACUGGACAGGGCGUGUUCUCGAACGUGGUGCGCGCCAGAGAUCAGGCGCGCAACAACACUGAUGUAGCCGUGAAGAUCAUCAGGAAUAAUGAGAUUAUGCACAAGACGGGGCUCCGUGAGCUGGAGAUUCUUAAACGUCUUAACGAUGCUGACCCAGAAGAUAAAUUCCACUGCCUCCGCCUGUUCCGUCACUUCUUUCAUAAAAGACAUUUGUGCAUGGUGAUGGAACCUCUUUCCAUGAACCUUAGAGAGGUUCUCAAGAAGUAUGGCAAGAAUAGCGGCAUACAUAUCAAAGCAGUACGGAGCUACACACAACAGAUGCUGUUAGCUCUAAAAUUAUUGAAGAAAACUGGAAUUUUGCAUGCAGAUAUUAAACCAGAUAAUAUACUCGUUAAUGAAAACAAACUGAUGUUGAAACUGUGUGACUUUGGGGCAGCUGGACAUGUAUCUGAUAAUGAAAUCACUCCUUACCUCGUGUCACGGUUCUACAGAGCACCAGAGAUCAUCAUUGGUGUAACAUAUGACCACGGCAUAGAUAUGUGGUCCACAGCAUGCACUAUAUAUGAACUGUCCACAGGAAAAAUAAUGUUCAGCGGCAAGUCAAAUAAUGAAAUGUUAAAAUAUUUUAUGGAUCUAAAAGGAAAAUUACCAAACAAAAUUAUUAAGAAAGGAUACUUCAAAGAACAACAUUUCGAUGCUAAUUGCAACUUUAUGUAUCAUGAAUUGGAUAAGAUUACUGAGAGGGAAAAGAUCGUCAUAAUAUCAAGUAUAAAGCCAACACGAGACCUGCAGACUGAGCUUGCACCACCGCAUCACCGACUUCCAGCUCCCGAAGCUAAAAAGAUCACACAACUUAAAGAUCUUCUAGAGCGCAUGCUCAUGUUGGACCCAGCCAAACGAGCUUCCGUGAACCAUUGCCUGGCUCACCCUUUCAUACAAGAAAAAAUCUAAUGUUCUGUAUGGAACCUGUAAUUAUACAACAUGUUAAAAAACCUUGUCCAAUUCGUAGGGUAUGGCCGAUUACGGAGAUCGGUAGAAGGAAAUAAUCCUGUUCACAGAAUAAGUAUUUGAGGAAUCCUGACAUUCAUAACAUAUUUAAGUAAUUUAGUUAGUAUCCUAAGAUUUGUCUUGUUUUUCUUUUUGCAAUUAUUAUUGCACUACAUUUUUUAUUUUUGAUUCUCACGAUUUCGUGUUGGACAGGGUUUUUCUAGCAAAGUUUGAUAAAGAUUUGAAUGAAAACCAUCAAAACUUCAAGAAAAGUAUUCCUUUUGAAAAGGCCGGCAAAGCCCCUGUAACUCCUCUGUUGCGGGCGGCGCUGAUCGCUUACCAUCAGGUAAUCCGUGUGCUUGUUUGCCGCCUACGCCAUAACAAAAGAGUAGUGUGGCAUGAUAUGUUUUGAAAAUUCCAUAAACGUAGUAAAAAUACAGAAGGAUGACUAUUCUAGCGGUAAAGCUACGAUAAAACAAAGACUCUUGAUUAAGAUAACAAUAAUAAUGAUAUGUAUAAGGACGUUGAAAAAAAGGUGGACGUGGUCACUUGAAGCAACGACUGUGGCUACUGGCUACUUUAAACUUACACACGAAGGACAUCUGUCGCGCGUGACAUGGUGUUGCAAUUUAUAAACUUUUUCAUUUUCCUGACUUGUGUAAAUAUUAUGUAGUAGGCACGUGCCUACUAAACAUAAAAACAUAAUUUUAAUGUAAUGUACGUACAUUACAUUAAGAUUAUGUUUUUAUGUUUCAUGGAUAUUUCGCGUCAAAUAAUAUAUGGAAUUAUUGUAAUUAUUUUACAAAUAAAAACAAAAGAAGAUAAUUUGUAAAAACUAUUUUGCAAGAACUGAUAUUUGCAAAUGUGAUAAAAGUGUCCUACUAUUAAGAUUAAAUCAGUCCAAGUGUUAAUAUCAAGAAACGUUUUAUUGUUAUUAAUUAAGAAUCAUUGCUUAUUUUUGAAAAGAUUUUUUUUCAAAGAAUAAUCUAAUUUUAUAGAUAUACUAUAUUUGCGCAAAUCAUACAACAAUGCAAAACUACCUUCCUUAUCUAUAUUUGAAUUUAGUGCCACGGUUGUAUAAGUUGAAUUUAACCUCCUUAAAUACUUAUAAUCAUGGUAAAAAGCAGCACAUAAAAAUGUAACUCGAUAGAACCUCUAAAAAUUUAUUCAAAUUGUUUUAAAUAUGUAUUUGGUUAAUAUUUCUUACGGCUGGUAACGUGGUAACUCGUUACACACACACACAUACACACACACACACACACACACACACACAUAAACACAAUGCAGGUAAUUUGGUACUUCAAUCUUUUCUAAGUGACAUUAUGUCCGCCUUUUUUUCAACGUCCUUGAAUAUGUAAUCGUAAAAAUACUUAAACUGAAUACUAUCAUUACCGUUUACAAUUAUUCAAACAUAAAUGUCUUUAAAAAGUGUUCAAUGUUCGUAUUUAGUGUCUAGAUAGAAGCAACGAAAAAAAAACGUAAUAUUGGUAGGUACUUAAUCUUUUUAAUAUCAAUGUGUAUGGUAUUUGUAAACUGGUUAAAUAAUUAACCAAAAGUCGUCACAAAAUAAGAGGUCACCUCUGACAUCGUCAUUCUUUGUAUCGUUAUAUAUAACCAAUGAUGUUAUAAGUGAAAAGGUGUAGAUAGGUCAACUAAACAACAUUUGAUCUUCAAAAACGACACACUCACGCGACAGCGUUGACAUUGACUACGCAACGCUACUCUAAGGAAUGUGUGGCGCGAUCUUAUCCCACGGCUGCCGCGGUGGCAAAAUGGAGACGGAAUUGUCAAAACGCACUGCGGCUGCAGGAUCGCUGUUUUCUACGAUUCCGCAGCCGCCGCAGUUGCCAUUAUCGCCCGCAAACUUGCCGGUCGAUUAUCGCAAGACUGGCGGCCGCGACUGAUGAAGACUGGGGACAAUCAGUUGAGUUCUAGACCAGCCGUCCCAUUGCGAUGGCGCCAACGCCGGCUAGCCUUCGCGGCUGCGGGACAGCGUCCGCGCCCUCCGGUGCAGUGGGAGCCGCAAAUAAUCGCAACCGCCGCGGGCGUAAAACGCGCCGUGAAAAUUGCUUUUAUUUUUUACAUACAUAUCUGUAAUCUACUUAAGCUGCGGGUCCGGAACCGAAGCGGGCGCGGGAGAAAAUCGCGGCGUGAGUUCUUAGCCUUAAUUUGCCACUUUCUAACCUAUCAACACCUAAGACCUUCUAUACGUACGUGUGAUUCAGGAAUUAUGGAAUGUUUACUUAAUAAGGGAUUUUCAUCCCAUAAGGGUUUGAAAGUUACUGAGGAACCCUAAACUUCGUAUUCAAGGUUAAGAAUUUAAAACAAAUAAAUAAAGUUUAUUGUAUAAUCAAAUUAAUCAACCUCCACGCGAGUUAUGUCGCGGGAAACGACUAUACUCGGAAUUUUAAUUCGAUUCCAGAUUUGACAAUUUCAGUGUUGCAACGUUAUGACAAGUACUAAAUAGU